CGCACGACUAGUAUCCGGAAAAGUCCCGACACGCCAUUCCAGAUUCAACUAUUUACUCAGCAGCUUUCAUCUUCCGCAACCCAUUCGAACAUGAAUCCUGAUACCUCCAAUAACCAAACAAAUCCCACGAAAAGACCAUUUGCAGAAAUAGACAAACCAGCAACAAUAAAUUGCAUGGUUGUAGCCAUUGAUCACAGCAACCUUUACUACACAGUCUGCUCAGUUUGUGAAAAAACUCUCUCUGACCCUUCUCCCAAUACCCAUUUUCCCAAUUCUUCACUUCCCUUUUGCAAAUACUGCAACUUUAACAAUAAUGGCUUCUUCAACCCUGCCCCUUCCGGUUCCAAACGCCUCUUUCGUGUCCUUAUGUCUAUUGCUACAGACAAAAAGGUGGUUGUGGUGAUAAUGUUUGAUAGAGCGGCUAGGGUUUUGUUUGGUUGCUCUGCUGAUGAGUUCUUUGAUUUUGCCAAGACUCAUCCUUUUGCGGCUGCAGCUGCGGGUAGAGCUUUGGAAGGAGAAAUGUUGAAAGUCACCUUGUCCCAACCAAAGAAUGGGAAUGCACGACAUCUAAGAGUGGUAUCAGUUUUGCCAUUGCGGACAGGUUUUCAGCCUGUGAUUGAGACCUUGAGGGAAUUAUAUCGAGCAAAAGGUGAAUGAAGCUUACCAAGCCAGUUGCAGAUAAGGUCAUACUCUCCAGCGUAAAUGAGUAGAUUGACACCAUCCUCAAGAAGUGAAGGAAUACCUACUUCAAGAUUC